AAGACAGAAAGCUGAAACCAGAAAGUGUGCCAAAGAAUUGGCCUUACGGUCAAAUGGAGGUAAACUUGAUAUCAGUUGACUUUUGGUAUGUUAGAAAGACGCUGACAGCCGCGAUCAAAAGGGAUGUGUGCGGCUACUGUCACCAGUAAGUCAUGACUACUAUCUACGGGCAUUGAUAUCAGUCUUUGCUUGCGCGCUACAGAGUACAGUAUUUGCGCCGAUCUGCAGCGUCAUAUAUUGACAUCUUGUAAACCGCUGAACGAGACACGAAAUUCGACUGUUCCUUCCUUGGCAGUUGGUCAAGAUGUUGCUGAAGAUGUUGCUGCAUAAACAUUCCGACAUUUUGACCGCCAUCAUUUUGAUGUCAAUGUUUUGCGCUUCGUCGCAGUCGCUAAAACCCCUCAUAAACAGCACAAAUACGUCAGGUAAGAACAAGACGCUUCUAAGCCGUGUUGUAAUGUUUGAGGCCAGCUAAACCAGAUUACACCAACAUUAAUUUGUUUUUAAUUACUCCGUACUCAACUAUCGGGAUAUCCCAACAUAUAAUACCUUUGAUUCGAUUCUUAAAACCAUCGAUUAAUGUCUCCGAAUUAUUGUUUUUUCACCAAAGGAAAUCAUCUUUUGAUGCUUCAUCACUGAAAUUUAUCGAAAUAGAGCGAGUGACAAGCCUAUAAUUAUGUCUUUUUGCACUCACUACUGAUUUGUCACCGUGUUACGCUAAGUUCUUGUUAUGGUCGUAACAGUUGCGUAAUUCAUUUGUGUCAAUGUUGGGUCUAUUUCGACUGAGACCAUUUCUGAUCUAUCUAUGUCGGUGGCUGUCUUAUGGACUAUGUAACAUGCAUGUUUGAAGUCCUGUUGUAUUAGCCAUCGCCAAAACACAGUUCAGACACGUUAAUACUGGUAUCAAUGACGUACAUUUCCAUAUAUUGAUGCAUUCCGGGCGUAAUUCAAGUCACGCAUCCACCAAUUUUUCGCCAAUUUUUUUUUCAAAAACGACUGGCAUUACGAGGCAUAACCUAUUCAGUGUUCAUUCACAAUAGAAGCUUUCAUGAUUCAAAAAAUACACAGACAGCAGCUCAUUAGUUUUUAUUGUAAUAUGUUCGAGAGUCAGUCCUGAUCUAAUGGCUUACUGUUUCUGGCAUGAAAACUAUUUUGGUCUGUAAUCAGCCAAGCUUAUUCUUGGCUCCCUAUUUUCUAUAUUUGCUCUCCAUGAAUCUUUGUUUUGCUUAGGAAACUUUCUGUGUAUCAUGAUAAAAAUGCAUUCCGAAUCGUAAAAUUUUUAAUAUAUUUUUCGUGACUCGUGAAACAUUGAAAAUCAUGAUUCAUGACAUCUCUCGCAGCAGGGGUAUUCCUCAACCCAUUUGAAGAGGACUCAGCGAUCAAAAACGCAUUCCCCUAGAGUAGAACUUCUACCCUCAAAAUAGAGAAAAGUGAGGAUUUCAUCGUUAAAAUAAUGUUUAGAACUUUUCGACAGUUUUUGACCAUAGCGUGUCAAGCAAUAUUAAUCAUCCAUUUACAUCGUGUUCUUUUCCAUCAACUGAUACUUCAGUGGUUCUACUAAUCCCUCUUAGUCUUCAUUAUAAAAUUCAUUAACAUGAUAUCAUCUACACCCUGCUCAGGCUGUAAACCAUUUCACGCUUGAACCCCCCAGAGUUGACUUUCAUACCACUUCUUCUUCUGUUUUCAAUACAUUAUCCUUUUAACAAGUGAUGAUCCAGCAUCGGCAGGACGAUCUCACCUUGAUAAAACUACAAUUUCUCUUGACUAAUUUGCAAUGGAACGUAUUACAACCAGAAGAGAGAAUUACUAUUCAGAUCCUGGGGGGUUAACGGAAUUAGAUGACAGAGCCUUGCUCUCCUGGUCUGAAUAUUUAUUUUUCCUUUUUUAGACAAGGAAUCAUUAACAAGCAACACAACACCAGUGCAUCGUCCGCAGUCUAACGCUACAACAACUGAUAGUACAAUUUCACCAAGUUCCGCCCCAACUGAACUAUUUGAUCUAACAACAAUCAAAACAACAAAUAUUUUUCCCACGACAACAGCCACAACUAGUGGGGAACUCCUUCAGGCAACAGAAACUACUGAAGGCACCAAGAGCAGAACCACAACUAGUAUCGUAGAAGCAAAAGCACGAGCAAAUAAAACACACGAAAGCUCAUCAAGUACAAUAUUGGCUGUGUCUCUCUCGUUAGGAUUUUGUUUAUUAGCUGUAGGAGUCGCUGCAGCUGUAUUCUUUGUUCGCUGGAAAAGGUGAGACACGAAACUUGCUGUAAAAUCUCUAAAAUCCGUGGUGCUGCAUCGGUGGGGGGCAUUACAAAGUAAUUUAGUUUUAUCAGCUGUGGUGAUAAUGUAAAUUUGUCACCGUAAAGAGUCCAUUCCUUUAGCUGACGAUUUGAGCGUUAGCCCGUCGUCAGAGGGGCUCUGGUGAAGGGCUGACGCUCGAAACGUCAUUUUUAAAAACUCUUUACGGUAACCAAUUUACAUUAUCAACUAAGCUGAUAAAACCAAUUUAUUUUGCCUUAAAAUCUGCCCGGCUCUGGCAACUCCUGGUUAUUCCAGCUAUUGUAAUUACGUGUAGUUUAGGCAGAUAAGACUACAACAAGGAUUGUUGUUGUCGUUAUUUCAGUCAAUUGUUUAGAAUUCAUAUGAUUUAUUAACGAUAUAGAACUUUUCCUACCGCCAUUGUUUUCAAUAACACUAAACUAUUCAAUUCUGUUCAAUUAGUUUGGGUGAGCAACGUCCAAAUUUGAAGAGCCUCUAGAAAAAUAAAAGCUGAUAACUUUUACUUUGAAAAAUUUUUAUAUUUUAUUAUUUGAUGUUUUGUGUUUCAUAUGUUAUUCUUAUGUAACCAUAUUUCAAUUGUGUUUUCGUUCUCUCUAAUACUUCCCCCAAAAUAAAGAGGCACGAAAAAACCGUUAAUCAUGCGUAUAUUUUAUCUCAUUUUAGAAUAAAAAAGAUGAAAAAGGGAUUUCAAGAAGAAAUGGCAGUCAUUUGUCUUCAGUAAGUCCCUUUUUCAGUAAACUGUUGAAACACAGUAAAGCAUUUGCUACAUAAGAGAUAAUGGAAAAUAUAAUACACACAGCAGAAGUCUUCACUCCACCUUGGUGAAGCGUAUUCAUGUAUCGGACACCUUCUCAAGCUUGAGUACUUUACCCAUGCAGCCAUACAUGAACUCAUUACAUUCGUUAAUGUGCGCAGUAUUCGAUAUUUUAGAAAAAAAGAUUACAGAGACCUGAAAUCAAGAGAUACGUCGAAAGUGAUGUUUGGCAACCAUGACAACUAAACUUAGGUAUUCGCAUAACAUCCAACUAUUUCCCAAUUAUUUUCAACAUAUUUUUAAGACCCACCCGUGGAUCUAUAGUUAUGAUACCAGAAAUAAGUCUAAACCAACAUAAAACAAUCAUCGAUUCUCCAUCGAGGUCCUCAGAUCUUGACUGCUUCCCUGCCUGGCUGGGAGUUCAUGAGUUCGCUAAACUCUGCCUCACUUUAAAGCAAAGGUUUAACGAUUUGGUUAUUGAAAUCGUCUGUCAUAUUCAAGUUCUACCUCGGAUAUAAGGUGACAGAGCCUAAAUUUGUAAUCUUCUACAGUUUCUUCACGAUUAACUGCAAAAUCAAUCCUAGGAUCUUGUACCAUUGUAUGUACAUGAUAUCAUUGUACUUCUGCCUGCAAGUUACAUGAAUAACUAAGAAGUGAAUAUAUCAGUAAAUAAAUAAACAAAACAUGGCUUUAUAAGCCACAGAGGCUGUACAGGGCCUUGCUGAGUUACAGCAGAUAACAGUUAUUUUCAUUUAUUUCUUUUUUUCUAGCGACGAGCUGGCUUCAGAGGCCCUGUACUGUUCAUGGAAACCUUUCAUGGAUGGAAAUGAAAACAACAAAAUAAAACUUGUCAUUGAAACUUCUACCAGUGACGCGAAUACUUCACGAGCGAACACAUAACAACUGGGAUGGAACAAAUUAAGUAGCUCUGUGUGCACGUAUAGAAGCAUGUCUCGCAGCAAAGGAAAUAUCGACAACAGCUAUAAGUUAUAGAUAGAAUUGUACAUACCCUUUCUUCCUUACACCAACAUACAUAUUGCCAAAAGGCAGGCGGGUUUUCGUGCGCAAAUUAAUUUUAAAUCAUUCAAGUUUUCAGGAGGAUCAAUCAAUUGAAGUUAGUGUUCCAGUUUGAAUAAACCUGCACUGAUUUUGCACUCUGGCGACUUAGCAAAUCAACAUAUAUCGUUUCUGUGUUUAAUAUAUAUCAUUUAUAUUCAUCCGUUCUUCCUUCAUCCUAAAGUAAGUAGGUUAGUAAGUGAAACCUCUUUACAGCAAAGUACCUCUAGCUCAGUUAACUUUGACUGGGGACGUUACAGCUUGAUGACGACGAAAUAAGUGGAGAUGUAAUCUAAGGACUCACUGCAUAUCUCGGGUAUCCGAGACAACCCUUGCACUGAGUGUAACUGGCCGAGCUAACUUCUCACUUAUUUCUUUUAAAAGUCUGUACUUCUAUUCCAAACACUAUUAUUGCACACUCCUGACCAUAACCGUUUCAACUGCUACUCUUGAACGCUUAUUUGGUAUUGUCUAAUAGUAUGGUGUGAGGUAUAAAAUGAAAAGAAACAACACGUAUUUUCCCCUUAUGAAGGUUUUUAUUGCUUAACUAACAGAGCAAUAAUACAAAGGGCUGUUUAUCCUAAAUCUAUCAUCUUAAAACCUUCGAUAAUGGGCGGGGCUUG